GCAGGGGCGGUUUGGAGCCAGGUCAUGUCUUCAGCUCUAAUAUACGCAGGUGGAGAAGAGGGAAAGGACUGAAGGAUGCAGGGGGUGACUGUGAGCGGAGAGGCGCCCACCCUGACAGGGGGAGGAAGGGAGGAGCAACGUCCCCUCAAGCAGUCCUUAAGUGGAUCUUUGUGCCGGGAAUCCCAUUGGAAGUGCCUGCUGUUGACCUUACUCAUGUAUGGCUGUUUUGGCACGCUGGGCUGGUGCUCCCUGUACCGCAUCACAGUCAUGGCAUCCGAUGACCAAGGUCCUGCCAUUUACUAUGGUGAACGAGUCGGCCUCUCUCAUGACAGCCCCUGUUCUAAUGGAUAUGUCUACAUACCAGUGGCCUUCCUGGCUAUGCUCUAUGUGGUCUAUCUGGUGGAGUGCUGGCACUGCUACUCCAAAACAGCAAACCUGGCAAAGGUUGAGAUCAAUCAGGUGUACGACCGAAUCCAGAGGCUGCAGCAAGCCACACCCUGCAUCUGGUGGAAGGCCAUCAGCUAUCACUACGUGCGGCGAACCAGGCAAGUGACACGCUACCGCAACGGUGAUGCCUACACUACCACACAAGUAUACCACGAACGGGUCAACACACAUACCUCCAGCUCUGAGUUUGACUACUCCCGGCACGGUGUUAAGGACGUUUCCAAGGAGCUACAAGGCUUGCUGGACCACCCUGUCACUCGGCUUCGCUUCACUAAGUGCUUCAGCUUUGCCAGUGCCCGUGCCGAGACUGCUUACCUUACACAGCGGGCACGAUUCUUUGGAGACAAUGAGGGCCUGGAUGACUACAUGGAGGCCAGGGAGGGCAUGCACCUCAAGAAUGUAGACUUUCGAGAGCACAUGCUUGCAUUCCCAGAUCCUGCACGGCCUCCCUGGUACACACGCCGCUGGGUAUACUGGUUGGCAUCUGCUUUGCUUCUGUCCUGGCCACUCAGAGUGGUGGUUGAAUACCGCACGGCCUACGUCCACUACCAUGUGGAAAAGCUGUUUGGUGAGAAUGAAGAUGCCAGUGACAAUGAUAACAGUGAAAACUAUCGAUCAGGAUUUGAGCAUGGCACUGGAGGUCCCACUCUUCGUGUAAUUUCCAGGGUGAACACAGUGGAUAUAACUGAACUGGAGUGGCACAUUCGCUGCAAUCAGCAGAUUGUGCCUAGCUACUCUGAGGCCUUGCUCAUGGACCUGGACAUUAACACUAACACACCGCUCAACGUUGCAGUGGCAGCCCGAAUGAGGCGCAACUCCAGCUACUUCCUCCAGACCUGCCCUCGUUGCCGUAGGUCAACAAGCAGCUCCUCUUUGCCCUCCUGGGUUCGAGGAAACAUGGUUAUGGGGGCAAGCUCAUUCCCAGUCAGGCCUGGAGGGAGGCUGGUCCUGAGCCGCAGUGGCCUCUCACUGGGACGCUUGCACUCCAGCCGAAACCGCCACACCUGCCUGUUUCACUCAAGGAGCCUUGGAGGAGGACUAGGGAGCAGAGGGGAAGAGGGAGGUGGGGGGUUUCUGGGUCUGGGGUUCCGCAGACCAGAUGAGGAGAGGAGAGGUGUUCUGGAGAGCGAGGGUCUGGAAGAUGAAGACAACUGCGAGGUCGAGGACCAGGGACAGGGAGAUGACAGAGAAAACGGAGGGGUGAGGGGAGAAGAGAGGGACAGGCCACCAGCCUAUCAGGAUGCUCUGUACUUUCCUGUGUUGAUCAUUCAUGGAGAAGAGAGCUGCCAUGGUGGCCAGGACAUUGACACAGGAUAAUGGCGGGACUGGUGUGAAGAAUGUAUAUUAGGAUGUUUGCAAUGGUAAACAGGUAAGCAAAUUGAAGUAAAAAAGAAUAAAGAAAGAAAUGCAGAACACUGUUGGGCACUCUCGGAAGAAAGAAACAACCCAGGGAAGUUACAUAAAAGGUGAAUCCUGAAUUUUAGAUUGUUUUGACAGAGAAAAUGUGUGCUGUUACCCUAUAAAAGACCUAUGAAAGAGAUUAGCACUGAAGAACAACUGCAAUAUGAGUGAAUGUACUGAAAGUUGUAGGGUUUAAAGGAAAAUACGAUAAAUGGGUCAGUUCAUGUCUGAGGCAAUUGGCGGCAAGCUGACAUGAACUGACCCUUUAGAAAAUUCUAAUAGGCAUGAAUCAUUAGAGAUCAGUAUCCUAUUAUUCUAUGCCUUGAAGUACCAUCUCCAUAAUUAAACAAAAAUGCUCAAUCAGUCCAUGUAGCCUGUCUGUCCUUUUAGGAGUAUUGUAGUUUACAUGAAGAGCUGGACCACUGUACCUGAUCACGUAGUGAAGACAUUCCAGGCCUAGCAACUUAAAAAAAAAUGUAGUCCAUGCUACAUUUUGAACCGUCUGUAGCCUAAUGCCAUUAUUUAAAUAGAAGUGUAACUGUAGUUGUACUGCAGAGCAGAUGGUCUCUGACUUCAGUUGAUUUCUUUAAAGACAUGAGAGCAGACCGAAACAAAGCCAAAAGAUCUCAGGGGAAAAGAGACUCUCCAUUUUUAAUAGGGAAUAAAAAAUGGUAGAGAUUUAUUAGAAGAGGGCGUAGGUUGAUGAAUUGUAAUCCCUUGCUGUUUGUACUUAUGCUUCAACCCACCUUAUUGUGUCAUGAUUUCGUUUAAUCUUUUAAUUGCCUUGUAGAAGCUUGGUGCUCAUGACUCCACUGUUCUUUGCCUUAAAGGUAUUUUUAUUCAGCGCCAUGUGAGUAAUGCUAGCACAACCGCAUAUAGAUAUAAUACGGCAUUACACACAUACACAGUGAGUUUUUGAACUCUUUAGAAUUAUCUGCACGAACAGUUCUUAAAAUGUGAUCUGAUCUUAAUCUAAUUAUAUCACAUAAUAAUGAUAAUAAUAAAGAAGAAAAGUCUUAUUUAACAAUAAACUAAUUUUACAUUGCUAUAUCAUGAACAAAUGCUUUAAAAAGAAGGUAAUUCAUUGUCAUUAUGUGGACUCAGAUCUAAGGCCUUAAUUUAUGGGAAAUGUGCUUAUAUUCAAGACCCUCUUUAAACAAAACAAAAAAACAGGUUUUACAUAAUUGUUUCACAUCAGUCAUUACAAAACCCUUGUAAAUCAGAGAGAAUAGUUGCUACAAUAUAUAGCAUAGCUUACCAUAAUGCUUCAAUUUAAGCCUAGACCAAGCCUAGGCUUUAUGCUAUUUUAGUGACAAAAUACUUAAAGUAAUUGAUACUGAUGGAUCUUCUGAAUAAGACAAAAUAGCGCUUGGAUUUACCUCGGUGCAGUGGCAAAGAUAGAGGUUUUCAGUAGUAAAAUAGACCUUAAACCUAAUACAUUUUUAAGUUGAUGUCUCUAUGAAGAGUUUUGUCACUAUUACUCCAUGUUUCUGAACAUGGCUAUGACGGAGGCUGAAGUGACAGAAAAAUAAACAAGUUUUUAGAGCAAUCUUGGACCCAGCCCAGUCAGCCACUGAAAUGUCUUAGCUUCUGAAGAUGAAAUUGAAACUUCACAUGAAGCUUAAAUGCUAUUCUGAAAAAUAGCACAUAAAGCAAUAAGCAAUAAAUUCAAACCUUCUGUUUAUUACACAGUAAAAUAGCUUAUUGCACGGUCUGUGACAUGGUUUUCAAGGCCUUGAAUAUGGUAGGGCUCUGCUUACUUCCAGUAAAUAGUUGAAUGUUUCUUCUGAGGCCUUUUAAAAUGAUGUGAUUGGGAUGUGUGGUGUUUAAACAGGUUUCUGUUGUUAAAAAAAAGCUGAUGACCAAACAUGUGUCUAUUUUUAUAAGGCAGGACAGGUCAAACACACAACAAAAUUAAUUGGAAAAUGUGACACCAAUUAACCUCUACUUGAGAGCUCAUUAUCCUUGAUUCUGUUUCUUUAAACCAUUUGUUCAGUAAAGAUAUGGCAGUGUAAAUUGCUGUUUUUUUAAUACAGUUGUCUUCACUCCAUAUGUCUUACGUGAUGUUACAUUACAGUAACGUUAUGACUGUUUAAUGCAGAAAUCUAAAUUCAGUGUCGAACAGAUAGACCUGGAAAACGUGGUCUAUAGAAGAAGUGUAAAGAAUGUUUAACAAAUAAAUAAAAUAAGGGAUUAUGUUAGCACCAUCUUAACCAUCUGUAACAGCCAUGCAAAAUUUUGUUAAGCUCAUAACAGUGGUACAUAACUGAAAUCACAAGACCACUUUAAAAAAUGCUCAGUCUGUCAUUCAUCACAUCACCUGCUCCCUGUACUGCUUGAAUACUGGCAGCUUUUGUCAUUUAAGUUUAAAGCUGUCCUUUUUAAUGUAAUUGGGGGUUCAGCUUGAAAAAUACAGGAUACCACAAUGUUUAAUGACUGUCACUAGUGAAAAGCACAUGAUUGCCUAUUAAAACACAAGCCAUGAUCCACAACUACAACAUUUCCACACAGAUACAGACCAGCUUACCAAUCCCAAGUUGAUGCUUACUUGCAUAGUCAUAGUUCAGCAUGGUUACUGAACGUUGGCUCAUUAACAAGCACAACAAGUAAGUCAUCUGCUUUACAAACAGUGCAGGGACCGGUGAGAACACAGGAUGACCGCUGAGAUGCUUAUCACAGAAUGAGUGAAUGAAUGUACCAGUAGAAUCCUGCAAAAAAAUCUAUUUUACAGCAAAAUCUGGGGCAGCAAAAGUAAAAAAAAAAAAAAAAAAAACACAGCACAUACCAAAUGCAUCUCUAUUUUGUCAGCA